AUGUCCCUGCUAGUGAGAGCCAUCACUGGCCUGCUCGGCCUUCUUAUUCUCAAGUCCUUUUUGACUCGCAAGAAGUUUCUGGCCCCACUCCCCCCGGGCCCCAAGCCGAAGCCGAUCAUCGGGAACCUGCUCGACCUACCAUCCAAGGGAGAAGCAGAUUGGCUGCAUUGGUAUAAACACAAGAAGGCCUAUGGCCCUAUCAGUUCGGUACAGGUCUUUGGAGAGACCCUCAUAAUCGUUAACGAUGCCCGUAUUGCAGUUGAGUUGAUGGAGAAGCGUUCAGUUAUACACUCAGAUCGACCUAGCCUAACAUUUAUCGAAAUGUCCGGGUUCAAGGAUAUCGUCAGCAUGAGGAACAACAAUGACCCGCGAGUUCGUGCUGAGCGGAAGCUAUUCUAUCAACAAAUUGGGUCAAACAACUCCGUUGCGCGGUUCAACCACAUUCAGGAGGCUGAAGUUGGUCGUUUCCUGGUUCGGGUGCGUGAUAACCCCGAAGGUUUGCAAGAUCACAUACGGAAACAAGCAGCAGCAAUCAUUCUGAAACUAGCAUAUGGAUACAGUGUUGUGCCACAUGGGAAUGACCCAUUGGUGGACCUUAUAGGCCGGGCAAUGGGCAACCUCGGCGCGGCCCUUGUUCCCGGGGUGUGGCUAGUGGAUUUCAUUCCAUUCUUGAGGCACAUUCCAACCUGGUUCCCAGGUGCCACAUUUGCACGCGUUGCACAGACCUUCAGAGAAAGCGCCCGAGCCUGGAACUGUCAACCGUACGAGUUUGUCCGGUAUCAGAUGUCGCAAAACAAGCACGCGCCAUCUUAUUUAUCCGGCUUAAUCGAGGAGAAGGGUGUCCCAGAGCCAGGCUCCUUUGACGAGGCUGUCAUGAAAUGGUCUGCCGCAGCAUUGUACGGUGGAGGAUCCGACACGACCAUUUCCACCAUGGGCGGACUUUUUCUCGCGAUGGUUCUCUACCCGGACGUACAGCGGAAGGCACAGGAAGAAAUCGACCGAGUUGUUGGAACAGACCGUCUUCCCGGCUUCGACGAUCGCGACAACCUCCCUUAUAUCAACGCAAUGGUCAAAGAGUCCCUCCGUUGGCACUCCGUGCUUCCAAUGGGGGUUGCGCACUGCUCGUCGGAGGAUGACAUGUGCGAAGGCUACUUUAUCCCAAAAGGCUCCCAGAUCCUGCCGAAUCAAUGGGCCUUCACUCACGACCCAGAUGUUUACCCCGAUCCAAUGGCCUUUAAAACUGAACGAUUCCUAGCAACUGAGAACCACACUCCCGAACGCGACCCCCAUCUCCUCGCCUUCGGGUUCGGCCGUCGCAUCUGUCCCGGCCGCACACUGGCAGAUGCCAACAUCUACCUGAGCAUUGCGCAGUCGCUGGCCGUAUAUCGCUUCACUAAGCCCAUCAAAAACGGUAAGGAAGUGGAUGUAGAGCCGAAAUUCUUGACCGGAGCAAUCAGUCACGUGGCGCCGUUCGAGGUGGGCAUUAAGCCCAGAAGUCAGCAGCACGAGGCGCUGCUGCAGGCGUUGGAGGCCAAGUUCCCGUGGGAAGAGGGUCACGCGGAGGAACUCAGUCAGGUGAAGUUUUGAAGCAGAUGAGUUCCUUGCAUGCUGAUCGAUAGUGUUUGUCAGAUCAUGCAUGAUUUGAUUACCGAGUAGUUGGGGGCAUAUCCCGUUGGGCGUCGAAUAUUUAGUUUGUCAGAUGUUACUUAUUCCUUAGUUAUCACGGGUAGAGAAUUAGGCAGACAAGUCAAAACUACCCAGUUAGUCUAGGUAACCGCGACACCAACACCCAUCAAUUAUCGAAUCACCGUACAAUCAGCGUGACACCAUCUGACUCAUCCAGCCCCAUUCCUGAGCCUUGAAGUUAACUAAUAGUUACUAGUUAAACGGAAGAAGGUGAUGAAACAUGAU